GUAUGAUAAGAUACAGAUCGUGAUUUCUGUACGUCAACGUGACAAAAUUGGCGGGAUGUAUGGCGUCUUAUACUAAAGUUGUAAACAUGAUCGAAUGAUGGCUGGUCCAAAAUUCUUCGUUUACGGUGGAUGCCGGUGGCGCGAAGUCGAUACCACGUCUGGUAAUGUUGUUGGUUGGGGAAAUGUGCAGUUUUUGGCGCUUCACCAGGGUCGUCUUGAAGUGGCGCGAAAGACUUCAGUGUUGCGUGGACUGAGGUCCUUAGCAGCUGGCAAGCCUACUACUGUUCAUGUUGGAUCACCACUGUCGCAGAUCAGACGUAAGAAUGUCAUAGAAAACAAGAAAGAAGACGAUGUGCAGCUUCAACAACAUCACUGCUGUUGUAAACAACAUAAUCAAUGUUACAAUUCGAAUGCGAUCUUCAAUAAUCUACUGAAAGCGGCCACAACUACCGCAGCCGUGCAGUGUAGCCUCACAGAAUUAAACGCUUGCAUAGAACCGAAUUCUCAAACAAAUGGAACUCUUAUUAAUAUCAGCCAAAAUCAGGUGAAAAAAUUAGUGACAAAACGUAGAAGAUCAAGUGAUGAUGAGGUUCGAUUGCCAAAUAAAAAUUUGAAAUCUACAAAAAGUAGAAAUGUUGAAAGCGAUUCAGAUAUCGACAGAUCGCUAUUGGACAGAAAACAUGCAAAUAGAAUUGAAAAGGCUUUAAGAAAAACCAGUUCUAAGAGAAAUAGACAUGGGAAUGAAAAAUCAAGAAGGAGUAGCACAUCAUCUACAAGUGAUGAUGAAGAUAUACCAAAACUCAGAAAGUCACAGCGACUGAAUCUGGAAAAUCGUAUCUCAGAAGUGACUCGUUUAGGAGAAUUUUUGAGGGACACACCGAGAACGGUAAAAAAUUACAAUAAAAGUAAAAUAGGCAGUAUUUAUUCCAGUGGAGAUGAAAAUUUUGAACGGGAAAAAGAUAGAUCUCCUCGAAAGAAUUCAGCAAACCACACUGAUAAACAGUUGACACAACGAAAAGAGACACGAAAUUCUCUAAAUAAUAAAGUUGCAUAUCUAAAUAAUAAUAAAAACAGUGAAAUACAUAAAGCACUAAGAAAAACUAAAAGAAAGCUAUCAGAUAUCGAAGACUCUCAAGAUAGAAAAGUUAGAAAGACAAAGAAGAACAAUUCAAAGAAACAGACGGAAGAAUCUGAAAGAGAAGAUCUCUGUAAAGAAUUAUUGAUAAGCGAAGAGGAUAUUGUUCUUUUACGUACGUUUAUAGAAAACGACGAAAAGAAUAUAUUUAAUGUUGAUUUAGAACAGUUUGACACUGACGAUCGGUAUAAAGGCCUAGUUUUUUACAAACUGAACCCGCUGGUUAACAUUGAAAGGUGUAAAGAAAUAGCCAAGAUGUUGAGACAACGACCAACAAAUACAGUUACAUUUGAGGAUUUCAUAUCUAAUCUCGGUCUACGCAGCGUACUAGACACUAGUUCACAAGCCAGCAGUAAAUACAAGAUGAGGCCACGAAAAUCUAUAAUCGCAUCACAAAAAGAUACACAAAAACAUUCUAGUGAAAGCGAACCAGAUAAGGAGAACUACAAGAGACCUCUACGCAAUGCCGCUAUCUCACAGAAUAAAAUUUUAGUUGAACAUACAAGGAAUGAAGUGAAAAGUACGGUCACAAGUAAGGUGUCUUCAAACCCAGUAUUGAAGGAUGACGAAGUGGUCUCGCUAAGCAGUGAUACCGAUAACGUCUUUAAGAAAAGCGUACGCAGGGAGAGUAGGCCGAAAGCAACUAUGCUGAAGCGCAAUAACGAAGAUUCUAGUCGGGAGAGGAGACGUAGUAGGGGGGACAACAAAACUUCUAGAAGUAGUAGGAAAUCUAAUAGUAAAGAAGAGAAGAGGCAGAGUGCUGGUGAAAACAAAAAGCCUAGUGGUGGAGAUAAUAAGAGGCCUAGCAGAGAAGAGAUCAAGAGUAAAAUAGAAGAUAAGAAGAGACCAAGUGGAGAAACAAAGAGAACAGAAGAGAGCAAGGGAGAUAACAAGAGAUCUAUUGGAAAAGAGGUCAAAAAGCCAAUACGCGUGAGUGGGAAAGGCAGUGGUAGGGAGUACACCCGAGCAGAGGAUGAAGCUCUGGUCCGGUGGGUAGCGGGUUCGAUGCGAGCUAAGCGUGUCAACGGAAACCAGCUGUGGAGGGAACUACAAACGCAGUACCAACAGAUGACUGGACAUUUCCGCUCGUGGCACUCCCUGCGCAACCGCUACCUGCGCUACCUGCUGCCCGCGCUGCACCGCCUCGACCUGCCGCCGCCCGAGGCCGCGCGCCUGCGCGCCGCCGCCGCCACCGGCGAGCUAAAGUCCCGCAAGAAGCCACAACGCCGCAACUCGAUACUAGCAGAACCGCGAGUACGCAGCGCCUGGACCCAACGCGCCCCUCGUAAGUCCUCCCCCUCCCCCUCCCCCUCCCCAGCUCCUCCCCCUUCCCGCUCCCGCUCCCUGCCCGCUAACACGACCACCUCAAGUGACAGCUCGACAAGCUCUCAAGACUUCUUAAACGAUAGACGUAGCACGCUUAGAAGAUCAAUUAGAACAUCAAUUAGAACAGCUAAUAACGAGGAAGCCAAGAAACCAGCUCGACAACUACGUUCAAGCAUCCAACCUCAAAACACAUCCCCGCCCACGUAUUCGGAGCUAACAAAGCGCUAUGCAGAUAAACAGACACCGCCAAAGACACAAGCAGACACACAGAUAGACACGAAACGCACGAGACGCCUCUACAAUCACGCCAUGUGACACAUUAGUUUUAAUAUCAAGAGUUUUCUUUUUGUGUCCGUAUGCUUAUUAUCUAAUAAAAUGAUUUUGUAUUUUUUCUUUAUUUAAAAAAGGGAUGUGUGAUUAUGUGGGUAGUUGUGAUUUUUUUUUUGUUGCUAUAAAUCUCGAGUAUUUUAAGUAUUAGUAAAGGACCCAUUAUGCUUGAUACUUGAGCUGUAUGUUUGAUUUUCUUUUAUAUUGUAUUUAAGUAUAUGUUUAUUUAUAAAAAAAUGAUCAUCAUACAUGUUUCAAUUACUUUAGUUUACACUAGCGCCAUCUGUUGGUCAUUGUUGAAAUAUCUGUAAUUUCUUAUUUUUCUGUAUAAUAUAAAUACUCGAAUAUCAGUCUCAAGUUAUGAAAAAAAUUGACUACAAGCGUAAGAUUUAGGGUAAAAACGACAAGCUAAUUAUGUAUAUCGUUUUGACAUGGGAAAGAUUCGUCCCAUGCUGGAAAAUGGGGAAUUAUUUUCCGAGAAAAUUACACAUAACAGAAUCUUUUAUAAGGGCUUCAUUGGUUAUUGAUGAAACUAUCUGACGAAUAAGAGCAUCUGAAAGAUAAAUGAUUAUGUUAUACCUGCGCGUUGCGAUUUUGCUCGCGUAAUUUCCAAUCUCGUGGAAAUGUCGGGAUGAAAAGUCUAAAAUCCAUGUGUUAUACUGGAUUCUCUAGCUGUCUACGUACCAAUAAAUGCAUUUUAAUAUUA